AUGACGUAUUACAUGAUGAUGAGUCGGGUGCAGGAAGUGGACAGGGCAGCAGGAGCCGGUCGUUGUCCCACUGAACGCACUUUCGCUUUUAUCGGAGAACGAACCCGGUCCAUUACUACCGCACUCACGCGGUUACACCACACGCAGCUGUUUGGUUUUGGCUACGUUUGUCGUACUGGCUCGCAUACUAAUGCCACUGUAUGUAGGAUUGUGAUGUUUAGAUUUCUCUUUGGUACAUGGCUUGGGCCCUAUAGGAGUUAG